AUGGUUGAUGUAUGUAUGUAUGUAUGUAUGUAUACAAGAGGUAUAGGAUUAACGUGGUCGGUUGAUAGUACGCCUAUAUACAAAGGAGACUGGAGUAUAAUAGUGACAAUGGCAAAGAUAGAUUCUUCACAAUUCUUGUCGACUAUUAUCGGACAGAAUGUUCAUGUUAAGCUUCAUUCUGGUAUGCUUUAUAGAGGUAGAUUAGAAUCUAUUGAUGGAUUUAUGAAUGUUGCACUUUCGAGUGCUAAGGAACACUACGAAACUGGUGAAAACGGAUUGCUUAGAACAUACCCUACAGACGUUUUCCUAAGAGGUACGCAAGUUAUGUACAUUAGUGAAGUUAAGUAA